AUGAGGAGCAGCCGUCGCGGCGGCUUCAAUGCGACAGGCAUUUUGCUGGGCCAGCAGCUGUUUGGCGACCGCGCCGACGGACGAGGCCGAGGCUUGCGGAGGCCACCGCCAAGGGGCAGCGCGAAAGAGACGAUUGACCUGGUCGGCGACAGCCCAAUUGCGGCCCUCAACGACGACGAUGACCCUGAGCUCGCCGCCGCGAUUGCCGCUUCGCUGGCUGAGCAGCAGCAGCCACUUUGCUCCGCUUCGCGCCCCGCCUCGCCGGGCUUUCCUCUGGACGGCAAGCGCGCUUCACUGCUCCUCCACAUCAAGCGGUUCGGUGCGCACCGCACCUCCGGCGCGCCUGUCAAGCGGCAAGACCCCGUCGAGAUCGACCUCUCUCUCUCGCUGGCGGAGUGGGCCGAGCCGUCCGAUGAGGCGGACAGUGAGGUGGCCCGGGCUGGCAAGGGGUGCCAGACUACUUACCGGCUGAAGAGCGUGGUGGUGCACCAUGGCAGCAGCUGCUGGUCCGGUCACUACACUUGCGGCGCGCGCCUCUCGGACGACGAUCACACGGCCGACACGGCGAGUUCGACGGGAGACACGCCGGAGGUACGAUGGGCCAAUUUCGACGACACGGAGGUGUCCAAUUUCGGAGUCACGCCGACGUUGGACUCCUCCGUGUCGUCACACUUGGGCAUGUAUGAGGAGGGCGGGUAUGUGCUGCUGUACGAGCGUGAGGAUCACUGA